UCCAGCUCUACCCCGGGCCCUGGGUCCGUCAGCGCCAGUGUCCGCUGCGCCUGCCCCUGCUCAGUACGCUCUGAACCAUGUCUCUUGCCUCCUCACUGCAAUCCCUUCAGUCUCGGCGCCGGGCGUUCGUGGUGGGGGUUGGGAUGACCAAGUUCUUCAAGCCUGGAAGUGGGAAUUCAAGAGACUACCCUGACCUGGCAAAAGAAGCAGGCCAGAAGGCUUUAGCUGAUGCACAGAUCCCUUACUCGGCAGUGGAACAGGCGUGUAUUGGCUACGUUUAUGGUGACUCUACCUCUGGGCAGAGGGCUAUCUAUCACAGUUUGGGACUGACUGGAAUUCCUAUAAUUAACGUCAACAAUAAUUGUGCUACUGGUUCUACUGCUUUGUUUAUGGCUCGACAGCUGAUUCAGGGAGGUAUGGCAGAUUGUGUCUUGGCUCUUGGGUUUGAGAAGAUGGAGAAAGGAUCUAUUACAAUGAGUUUUUCAGAUAGGACCAAUCCAUUAGAUAAGCAUGCUGAGGUCCUGAGCAAUAACUGUGGAUUGUCUGCCCACCCUUUUGCUUCUCAGAUAUUUGGGAAUGCUGGAAGAGAACACAUGGAAAAAUACGGAACAAAAGUUGAACAUUUUGCAAAAAUUGGAUGGAAAAAUCAUAAACAUUCUGUUAAUAACCCGUAUUCCCAGUUCCAAAAGGAAUACAGUUUAGAUGAAGUGAUGAAAUCACGACAAGUUUUUGAUUUUUUGACUGUUUUACAGUGUUGCCCCACUUCAGAUGGUGCUGCAGCAGCGAUUUUGGCUAGUGAAGCAUUUGUACAGAAGUAUGACCUACAUGCCAAAGCUGUGGAAAUUUUGGCACAAGAGAUGGUGACUGAUUUUCCAAGUUCAUUUGAAGAAAACAGCCUUAUUAAAAUGGUUGGAUUUGAUAUGAGUAAAGAAGCUGCCAGGAAGUGCUAUAUGAAAUCUGGCCUAAAACCAGCUGAUAUUGAUGUAAUAGAACUUCAUGAUUGCUUUUCCACCAAUGAACUCAUUACUUAUGAAGCACUGGGACUCUGUCCAGAAGGACAAGGUGGAAAACUGGUUGACAGAGGAGACAAUACUUACGGAGGAAAGUGGGUCAUAAAUCCUAGUGGUGGAUUGAUUUCAAAGGGACACCCACUGGGAGCUACAGGUCUGGCUCAGUGUGCUGAACUCUGCUGGCAGCUGAGAGGGGAAGCCGGAAAAAGGCAGGUUCCUGGUGCAAAGAUUGCUCUUCAGCAUAAUUUAGGCCUUGGAGGAGCUGCAGUUGUCACGCUGUACAAGAUGGGUUUUCCUGAAGCCGCCAGAACUCGUCAAGUUGUGGCAGUUCCAACCAGCUCUGCAGUUGAUGGAUUUAAGGCAAAUCUUGUAUUUAAGGAGAUUGAGAAGAAGCUUGAAGAGGAAGGGGAACAGUUUGUGAAGAAAAUUGGUGGUAUUUUUGCCUUCAAAGUGAAAGAUGGCCCUGGGGGUAAAGAAGCCUCCUGGGUGGUGGAUGUGAAAAACGGCAAAGGAUCAGUGCUUCUUAACUCAGAUAAGAAGGCUGACUGCACAAUCACAAUGGCUGACUCGGACUUACUGGCUUUGAUGACUGGUAAAAUGAACCCUCAGUCGGCCUUUUUUCAAGGCAAAUUGAAAAUCACUGGCAACAUGGGUCUGGCUAUGAAGUUACAGAAUCUUCAGCUUCAGUCAGGCAAAGCUAAGCUGUGAAGAACUCCCUUUGCUUACUUUUGAAAAUCAAGAUGAGAUAUAUAGAUAUAGAGAUAUAUCCACAUAUUUUAUUGUCAUAACUUAGACUGAAAGCACACAUUGGCAAUAGCAUGAGGUUUGUUUUUAAAUGGGUGUGCCUGAUUCUGUUUUUCCUAAACUGGGUGAAUAGAGCCUGAUGGUAAACUACUGCUUAGCUGAAUUACAUACAAUUGUGCAUUACAAAGUUAAUAUGGUAAUUAUGGCUUGGGGUAAUAUUGAGUUUCAGAUAAAAUUGGGAACAGCAAAAUCCAAAAACUAUGUAAACAGAAGCUCUCAUUUUGCUUAUAAAGUAUGUUUAAGAAUUAUUCUGCUGAAGAUUGAGUUUAAGUUUUCCUUGGGAGAACUAGGGAAGAAACAGUAUACCAGUAACUGGCUAGGAAUUAGUGUUGUACACUUAAUGACCUAAAUCUAUUUUCCAUUAAUAGUUUUAAAAGUUCUGUACUGGAA